AUGGGGCCGGUCUAUACUUUUCUUUACAAUCACAUCUAUCGCCGAUGGUUCAACCCGUAUCGAACCGAGAUUGAAGGGCGGUGCUUCCUUUGCAAACUUCUCUACCUCAAAGAUGCAUACCACACACACUAUGCAGAGAGCGACCACCUCGACCCCACGCAAGAUUCUAUCGACGAGUUCAUCUCACUCAACAAGGCCCUCUGUGCUGCCGUCGAGGCUUAUCCGAAACUUUAUCUCACAGAACCCAUUGUCCGGAGGAAAUACGAGACGAGCAACGAAAGAGGCUGCAGAGAAACUAUCGCCAGGGAAAAUCCAACCCAGCGCUAUGUUCUCCAACAUCUGUUUAAGGCUCUUCUCUUGAUCGUUGUUCCUGUUCGUUGUCGGUACCAGCCAUCAGCAGAGAUUGGCAGCCUGCCAGUCUUUCUGGUCCGGACGGGGAUGGAGGGAGACUUGAGCGCACCCAUUGAUUUCCAGGCUAUCCCACAAGACAAGAUCCUGACCUUUGCCACCAAGCUCAACGAGAAUGUGAUUAAGGUUGCUCUCAAAACCGCAGUUGACUUUCUCAGUGCCCUUGAGUCAAGGGAAGUAGCGGCAGUUGGGUUGAGGCCUGAUCCAGGGAUGGGGCUGGGGAAGAGUAUGAUAGGAAUAUAA